GUUCAAAUGUUUUGUUUUGUGCGCUUUAAACUGAAUUCAUUUGGAAAUUAAAAAUAUCAAUUUUGAAGCGAUACUUUACAUGCUCCUGUUAAAUACAUCUUAUUAAAUACUGAAAUAUGUCAAAGCCAUGGUUCGAAUCAAAUUUCGGUGAAUUUCGCAACAUUAAAAUCAGGAAAACAAAUUGUAAGAAAGAAGACUCAUCAACAAUUUCAAAACCUAUUGAUGUCACUGAAACAGUUGAAAUUCUAUCAUCGUCUGCAUCUUCUGAUGAUCUUUCAGAUGACAAAAGAGUUAAAAGGAAAAAACCAUUAAAUUCAAAAAGAUCAACAAAAACAAUUGAUUGGUUAAAAAAAUUCCAUCCUCAAGUUACAAGUGAUUUAAUUGUUCAUCCAAAGAAAAUUGAAGAACUAAGGCAGUGGAUUACAAUACGUUGUGCUAGUAUCAAGAACAAAAUUCUUGUACUUGAAGGUCCAACAGGUUGCGCAAAGACAACAGCUUUGAAAGUGAUUGCUAAAGAGAAUAAUUAUAAUGUAGUAGAAUGGAUAAACUCAACAGAUACUGAAUCCAGUUUAUUAAGUGAUCAUUCUCAUAAAUUUAACAACGAUUUUAUUACUUAUGAGAACCAAGUAAGUCGAUUUUCAGAUUUCCUUUUGAGAGCCUCAAGAUAUCAAUCAGUAUUGAACGAUGGAGAACAGCUGCUCAUGGUUAAAGAUCUUCCCAAUACUUUUUUUAAGAAAGUCGACGAAUUUUGGAAUAUUUUAAGAAGGUACUCGGUUGAAGGUCUUUCACCGUUAGUCUUCAUAGUCACUGAAACAAAUUCCAAAACACUUAACGUGAGUUUCAAUCUUUUUCCCGAGGCACUUCGCAUUGAAAUCGGUAUUGACACUAUCAACUUCAAUCCUGUGUCAACAACAAUGAUGAAAAAAGGAUUGAAAAGAAUUGUGGGAAUCGUUGAGUCACAAAAAGAUAUUAGCCAAUUAUUUAAGAAGCCGUCUGAUGCUAAAAUAAGCGAAUUAAUUGAACAAAGUCAAGGUGAUAUUAGAAACGCUAUGUUGAACUUCAACUUUAUUGCUUUACAAAAUGAUUUCAAUCCAACUGAAGCUGCCAUAAAAUCAACAAAAUUUAAAAAGAAACAGGAAACAACUAAAAAUAAAAGUAAAAAUUCUAAGAAUGAAGUUCUAACACUGAUGCAUGGUCUAGGAAGAGUUUUUCAUCCAAAAUUUGAACUUAAUCAGAAAUUAAAUAUAAACCAACUCACACACAAACCUGAAGAUAUUAGUGAGAAUUUCAGUUCUCAGCCUACAAAUUUCAUUCAAUUGGUCCAUUCAAACUAUUUUCAUAACUUCACAGAGAUCGAUGAUAUUUCUGAAGCUUCUGAAAUACUUUCAUUAUCUGAUUGCUUCGAUUCAGAAUAUCGUGACGAAAGGCUCAAUGAUGUUAAUUUAAACCUCAUUAUUCGUUCUAUUAUGGUUCUUAAUACCCGACCCGCUAGCGGAUUUCGCUCAAUUUCAGCUCGUGCUAAUAAAAAAUGGAAAAAGACUGAAGAGGAAAAUAAGAUGAAAUUUAAAUUAAAUAUGAGUAAACUAAACAAUGGCAACAUUAUGGCAAGAAGAGAUUUUUUUUGUGAUUACAAUAGUUUUUAUGAUGUACUAAAGAUAUAAACUUCUUAAUUUGAUAAUAAAAAUCAUUUUUCAACUACACAAAA